AACAGGGGGUAGCCUAACUGGUUAUCGCAAGUGGACUCCUCCAGAUUGUAUCCAGACAGUAUUAUCUAGUAAAUUUGUGGUGGGAAUUUUUUUUUACGUCGAAGCCCCGCCUCGAUGGCCAGCGAGUGAGCUGGAACAUUUAACGCGAUAACAAACUGAAGGAGAUAGGCAGGACGCAAAAACAGCAUGAGAGGAACAGAAGUUUAUAUACAACCCAUGGAACCAAUCAUUUGCAGACACUCGACAGUCUUGUUUCCAGCUGCUUGGCAAGCUCCGGACGAGCUCGCUUGUCAUUCACUGUCGCAGAUUUGACCGUUGCAGUUGUGUCUUUCCAGCAAUAACAGUGGUCAACGUCCGAGGAUACCUCCACGGGGACACGCGGCUGACACUUUCCAAACAAGCCACCAAGAUGAUGUUAUCUAUGGGUACGACGUUCCCCAUCUUAUGCAGUUGGUGCCUUUGGACCGUAUUGUCCCUUUGUUACGGGCUGGAGUUCCGCUAUCAUAACUCAGUCGAGGUGGAGAAGUACCUGAGGGAAGUGAGUAGAAGCUACCCCGCUUUCACACACCGCUACAGCAUCGGUAAAUCCGUGGAAGGAAGACAUCUCUGGGUCCUUGUCCUAGGGAAGUUUCCGAGAGAACACAGGGUUGGGAUUCCAGAGUUCAAAUAUGUCGGCAACAUGCAUGGAAAUGAGGUGGUGGGGCGUGUUCUGUUGCUCCAGCUGAUCGACUAUCUGACGAAGGGUUACCGCAGCAACCCCUUUGUGACACGCCUCCUGGACAGCACGCGGGUGCACAUUCUGCCUUCAAUGAACCCGGACGGCUUCGAGUCCUCCUCCCGCGACUGCAUGAGCGGCUAUGGCAGGUACAACAGAAAUGGCGUGGACCUCAACCGGAACUUUCCGGACUUCUUUCUGGGAGAGGAUGAGGAGAGUCGCGAGUUUGAAGUGCUGGCCAUCAUGGACUGGAUGAAGCAGGAGAGGUUCGCACUGUCGGCCAACCUGCACGGAGGGGCCGUUGUGGCCAGCUAUCCCUACGACAACAGCAAUGGAGGAAGCGAACUACAGGAGGGUGCAAGUGUCUCCCCCGACAACGACGUCUUUGUCCACCUAGCAAAGACGUACUCCUACAGCCACACGCAGAUGCACCGCGGCAACGCCUGCUCCGACUCCAACUUCCCCCAUGGCAUCACCAACGGCUACCAGUGGUACAAACUGCCCGGUGGGAUGCAGGACUAUAACUAUGUGUGGCAGCAGUGUCUGGAGAUCACGCUGGAGCUGUCCUGCUGCAAGUUCCCGCCCGAGCGCGAGCUGCCUGGCUUCUGGGAGGCCAACCGGCCCGCACUGCUGGCCUACAUGCAGCAGGUGCACCUGGGUGUUAAAGGGCAGGUGUUUGACGGAAACGGGAACCCUGUGCAGGACGCCGUGGUGGAGGUGCAGGGCCGGAAGAACCUGUGUCCGUUCCGCAGUGGCGCCAAGGGGGAGUACUACCGCCUGCUGCUCCCAGGGAACUACACCUUCAAGGUGACCUUUCCUGGACACGAGACGCUGAUCGAGACCCUGUCUGUCCCCUACGGGCCAGAAAACUUCUCGGCCUUGAAGCACGACUUCUGGCUCCAGCGUAUCAACGCAGGCACCCCCGCCUUUCCCACCAAGCCCUGCUCCACCGGGGGACUGCAACCACAGGACAGCCACAGCCCCGUCCUGCUGGCCACACCUGGCCUGACACUCCUCCUGCCUCUCCUACUCCUUUCAUUGCUAAUGUGAGAUCAGAUGAGGCAAAAGACUUAAGACUUUUUCUUUUACUCACCAUUUGACCUUGCAAAGCCAUGUGGCCCAUUUUAAGUUGAUAUUUGUUUAUGGUUAUUAAGUAGGUUACACAUACACUUAUGUUGGGCUUACCUCAGCUUUGGUGCGAAGCUAAGCAGGUGUGAGCCCAGGAUAGACGGCUCAGAGGAUUUCUAAGUGCCUCAAAAGAAGAAGAAAAAAAAAAGAAAAAGAAGAAGGAAAAAAAAAACCUUGCUCUUCAGAGUCAAGAUAAAACUUUCAUCUGCGAAUGUGAGAGCAAACAGUGGCUUUUCGGAAUUUACGGUUGAUAUGAACACAUCAACAGGCUUUCUGCACUGUGAAGAAAUCGGAGGCAUUUCUUAUCGUGUGCGUUGAGAUAAGAAGUUGUCGCCUAAACAUAAACACGACACUUGACUCUGGGAUACGCAUCAGUGUUAAGCCAGCGAGACGACAAAAGCCCAAACAUGUAUGGAAACUCAGGAGGGAGAGCAGAGACUCUUCUCUCGCCUAUCAGCUGGAUUCCAAAGUCGCUCCAGUCUUUAUCACUCCACAAGCCACAAUUAUAGUGAAGGUAUUUGAAAGGAAUGUGCUCUGAUUCUUAACCACAUGGUUGAGAAAACAUUACAUUCCAUAUAUGGGCUCCCUUAGAACAUGUUCAGUAAAUUGUAAUGUCAUAAAACACACAUAAACACACACACACACACACACA